AUGACUAAAGACGGAUUAGCUGUCACUAUCGUGGUCUUGUGGCUGCUCUGCAAUCCGGCGAGGAUCAGGGGAACCGGGGGAUUUCAAGGCGCCAUUCCUCACCCAAAUAAAUACAGCCCAAACCAUUCGGAACAGUUACCGCAGACACCGCAGGCCAGCUCCAGGGGAACGGGACCGCCUUCAGUCGGGGACGAGGUGCUGGACUCCAGCCAGGAGGCUUUACACGUCACGGAGCGCCGUUACCUAAGACUUGACUGGUGUAAAACGCAGCCGCUGAAACUGAUGAUCUACGAGGACGGGUGCCAGCCGCUCACCAUCAUCAACCGCUUUUGUUACGGACAGUGCAACUCUUUCUACAUACCACGGCACGUUUAUCAAGAUGACAGUGCGUUUCAGUCGUGCUCCGUGUGUAAGCCAAAGAGCUUUACUACCGUGACUUACACCCUCAUCUGUCCCGGACAGACUCCCAGUACCAAGAAGAAGCGCGUGCGCCGCGUGAAGCAGUGCCGCUGUACUUCUGUUGACUUGGAUUAAACUGGCUGACGUCAUUGUUUUAGGCUACUUCUGUAUGUUUGUUUCCUCCAUUAGUUCUUCAGUCAUCAAAAUGUGGCCUUUAUAUUGUGAAGAAAUACAAUUGAUUCAAUUAAUUGUACAAAAGUUGGAUAAGUUAUAAUACUAUAAAAUAGUGACAUAAAAAAUAUUCUUAUAUUAUUAUAUUCUCCACUGUGUGGAGCAAAAUUUGCGCAUUGAUGCAAACAAGCUUGUAUUGUGGCUUGAUUUGUAAUAUAAAUAUACAUACAUAUUAGGCUAUGGGUGCA